AAUAGUUUUGAUUAAGCACUUUAAGGAUUCUCUCUCCUUUCAGACACUCUCUAAAUUUUCUUUUCUUGUACUUGAAACAAACUAUAGAGAGAUUGGGAGAUAGAAAGAUAGGAAAGGAAAACACAAAUAACAUUCUUUUGACCUUUUGUUUUAUUAUACUAUAACCCAAUUUGCACAAAUCCCCAUAAAACCGAUAUUUAAGAAACUUCAGUUUCUAAAUUCUGCUGGUCUUUUCAGAAAGAGAUAAUAAAUAGGAGAGAGAGAGAAGAAAGUUAAUAAUGGUGGCUCAUGAGAGGAGGAUCCAUAGUCUUCAAAAACCAACGUGCAUUGGCAUUAUCUGGUUUUGCCUCUUGCUUUCUCUCUCCCACCAUGGAAGAGCAUCAACCUCAACGUCAAUCUUCAAUCUUUCUCUCCCACAUCAACACCCAUUCCCUGAACAUGUUGUUCUUAAUGUUCAAAGAAAACUCAACGACUCUUUAUCAAGAAGACAACUUCUAACUUACCAACAAGACGACGGCACGACGGCGUCGUCGCCAAUACCUUCUUGCAUCACCGGAAACCCAAUCGACGAUUGUUGGCGCUGCGACCCAAACUGGGCAGCAAAUCGCCAACGACUAGCCGAUUGCUCAAUUGGUUUCGGACAAGGAACACUCGGAGGAAAAGGCGGUCGCUUUUACCUCGUAACAGAUUCUUCAGACAACGACGCGGCUAACCCUGUUCCCGGAACACUUCGACACGCCGUGAUCCAGCCGGAACCACUCUGGAUCGUUUUCUCAGGCGACAUGGGAAUCAAACUCAAACACGAGCUCAUCAUCGGAAGCUACAAAACAAUCGAUGGGAGAGGCACGAACAUCCAAAUCACCGGACAUGGUUGCCUCACGAUCCAGCAAGUGAGCCACGUCAUCAUCCACAACGUCCACAUUCACCAUUGUAAACCCUCGGGGAACACACUGGUCGCUUCGUCGCCGACGCACGUCGGGUUCCGAGGACUCUCUGACGGAGACGGAAUCUCAGUUUCAGCUUCGCAUCACAUUUGGAUCGAUCACUGCUCUCUCGGGUACUGUACCGACGGACUCAUCGACGUCAUCCUCGCUUCCACCGCCGUCACAGUUUCCAACAACUAUUUCUUUCAUCACGACGAGGUUAUGCUCUUAGGUCACGACGACCGGUACACGGCGGACAAGGGGAUGCAAGUAACAAUAGCAUUCAACCAUUUCGGGGAAGGGCUCGUGCAGAGGAUGCCACGGUGUAGGCACGGUUAUAUCCACGUAGUGAACAACGAUUUCACGGCGUGGGAAAUGUAUGCAAUUGGCGGAAGUGCUAGCCCUACGAUCAACAGUCAGGGUAACCGUUACACCGCACCUAUUGAUCCUAAUGCCAAAGAGGUGACGAAGCGCGUGGAGUCUAACGAGAAACAUUGGUCGGGAUGGAACUGGAGAACGGAAGGUGACGUGAUGAUUAACGGAGCAUUUUUCGUGCCGUCAGGUGACGGAGUGAGCCCAGCGUACGCCAAAGCCACCAGUGUUCAGCCUAAAGCCGCCGCUAUCAUUGACCAGCUCACGGUCAACGCCGGCGUUUUCGGCGAUCCCAGUGGAAGAAACGGCCAGGGAGGAAGUUUUUCCGGAAUGACUGACGGUGGUGGGACCAUCACACGCGGUUACAGUAAAAGUGGACCCGGCGGCGGUGGCGGCAGCAGCGACAGUGAUGACGGCAUUUUCACAGUGAUAUUCGGUAACAAUAGCGGUGCGGUGGCUCCAAGGCCAGGACAAAUCUGGUCGAUUCUAUUUAUCGUCAUUUUAUAUUGGUAUAUUCCACACCAUACGAGAUGAUAAUUAAUUUAUUGGUUCACCGGUUUAUUAUUUUUAGUACAAAAAAAAUAUGAAAAAAUCGAAUAUACGUAUUAUAUACAGAUUAUAUAAGGUACAAACGCACUUGCAAGUUGUAAAAUAUGGGAAAUAUAUAAAGUAUUUUUGUUCUU